GGUUUUACACUGCAUAGCAGUGGAAUUUAUGGUUUGAACGAUUUUAUUUUAAUUUCUUAAUUAAAAAGGCUCCAGUUGUUGAUUGUUUUUCUAAUUUCAUAAUUGAGCAUUGCAAUCAACUACGCAAACACAUUUGUUUUCCACGGUUAUAAAAACGUUGGAAGCGAAAUAUAUUCAAACAGUCGAACAAAAUGGCUUUCUCAUUGAACAUGACACCGUAUCAGCGAUUCCAAUUGAUUUUCGAGAAAUGGUUUCAAUUCACUUCAACCGCAAUUGGUCUCAAUAUUUUGGACAAAGAUUUCCAAUUUUCACUGGCAUCGCUCUUCAUUGUCACUUUGGUAACGUCGGUGCUGAUCUCGAGCGUUUAUACAAUGUUCGCAUUUGACACGGAAGCGUUUUUUAAGGGGACAACGUGUUUUAGCCUUGGAUUGCAGGCUUUUAGUAAAGUUUAUACGGUUGCUACAAAACGAACAGAGAUCAGGUUCUUGUCUUCAUUUGUUGAGAACAUUCAUGUGGUGAAUGAAAAGAAACCUUCGAAAAGGAUCCGAGAUAUCAUGGACGAGUGCUCUUUGCAUAAUUUCUUAAUAACAGUUGCACUUCUUUCGUUAUAUUUUUUGUGUGUCAUCAUAUUCCUUUUGUUUCCCGUGCUGAUGUUUGCCAUUUUUCAAAUGAAAGAACCAUGGCUGCCACUUUAUCUGCUUGGAAUCGAUUUCAACACGAAAGAAGGCUUCGUCGUCACUUCAAUUUAUCAUUGUGUUGUACUUUAUAUGACCGGCAUUGGAUUUGGAUUUAAUGAUGCCUUAUUUUCUAAUUUGGUUUUCAACGUGUUCAUAAUGUCCAAGUUACAGUGUAAUCAACUUUCAACGCUGGAUGAUGAAUUGAAUGCUGACAGACCACAUGAAUUGAAGAUUCGCACUCGAUUGGCCAAUUUCUUCUUGAUGAAUCUCGAAAUGGAAAAAUAUAUCGAACUCAUCAAUGACACAUAUUUUUGGAUGAUCUUUGUCCAAAUAAUGACUUCUUCGCUUUGUACGACACUCAUCGUUUAUGUCAUUAUGACGAUGACCUGGUAUCCCGCAUAUUUUCUGGCUGUUUGCUGCGUUUUUCAACUAUUCGUAUUCUGUGCGUUAGGAACUGUUAUCGAAGUUGCAAUUCUGUGGAAGUUGGACACAUUUCUUCUAAAGAAGCUUUGA